AUGCCGCCACCGCACCUGUCGGACGAGCCCCCCGCUGCGAUUCCAUGGACGCAGUCUUCAUCUUCCGUGUCCGAUUUCCAACCAUCCGGCGGCGCGCGACUCGACGAGGCACCUCUUGACGGCCUCGGCAGCAGCGACUCGUCUGACGGCGGUCGUUCUGUCCAGAACACGACUGUCACCUACACGCACACCUCGAGACCCCAGUCAACAUCACGAUCACGACCACGGAGCGACGAUGCACUUCCCCAAGCGCAUGUUGAACAGGGUUGGAGACCAGAUGAGGAAGAUGAGGAUGACCAGUCGGAUCAUGGAGUGCCCCUGCAAUACUACAGUCCACCCACCCACACCGUGAACGCUGUGGGAAACAUGAAAGAGGAAGAAGACAUGGCGCCGCUGCCAGCCUCGCCACCUGCCGACCAUGAUGAUACCAUCCACUCGGCCAUUUCUGCAACCCACAUUCCCUCCUCACCAGACAAUCCUCCGAUGCCAAUACCCGAAACCGAUUAUUACCCAUUCGGACUUCCCGGCGGUGACGACGGCGAAUCCAUUAUUGAUGCAGAUUACAUGGAUGUAGUAUCUAUGCUCAACAACCAUGAUGUCGACAUGGAUAGCGAAGAUGAUGACCAAGAUGUUGCAUCAACUCACCAGUUCCAGUCCAUGUUUUCGAAUACAGUCCCCCCUCCUUCCUUACCUCCGUUCGGCGAUGUAUUCGGCGAGUUCUUAGCGGCGCCCGAGCUGUCUCAUCUCCCCAACACAGGCCCGAAUCCCUUAAGCGGAGGUGGGGCUUCGACCUCGUCCAUGCCCGCCAGCGUCUAUCAAAUCGAUGAAGCAGAAUACCAGGCAGCAAUGAACAUAGUAGGGCUUGAACUUGGCUCAAUAAGUCCCGUUUUGGCCAUCUCGGGAGCUGGCCAGCCACUUGGAGCACCCAUUUACCUCCCAGUGUUCGAGCAUUUGCUCACCAACGGCAACCUACUGGCGCCGACCAACUUGGGGCUGGAUGCCUUUGUAUUCCGCUGGGCGCGCCAGGGCCGCAGUGGCAUUCGAGCUCACGGACCUCGAAGCAAGGUACCUCGGAUAGACAGCGCCCAAGAUCAGUGGAAGCGAGAUGCCUUUUACGUCGAAUACAAAGACCUCAAGGGCGACAAGUGUGAUAUGCAGGGUGUCGAUUGGCACGACAUGGGUGUCACGAGAAAUGAGGCCAGGGAACGGAGGCUGUUGACAUACCACAACUUCGUCAACACCAAGGGCGCAGAUAUAUGGAGGCCACACUUGCCUGAUGUUGUCCUGCCCAAGACGGAUAAUUUCUUCCGGUUUAGGCGGAUGGAGAUUCAGAAGAACACUCACCUGGCCCAUUUCCAACUGCGCAACCUGACUGCGUGCACCUCCAGAUGCCAAGUUUUCUACACUGGCAAGGGUGUUGUUCAUCAGUACGACCCCAUCUCCGGCAAGACCGAGGUUGCCUUGAAUCAACAGGAGAGCACUGAGGUGCCCAUCUCGACCAUCGACGCCGCGCACGGUGUCCUGGUGAGCGGCAACUUCAACGGAGAGUAUGUUGUGCGCAACCUAAAUGGCGAUUAUGAAGGAGAAGAGCAGAAACAGACAUGGGGCACCCUGACUACCAGCCCGUCUGCCAUUACCAACCACGCGCAGGUCGAGAAGCCACGUCGAUCUAAUAUUCCACACGCCUACUUCGCUUCAAACGAUGCGGGCUUCCGCGUCCUGGAUAUCGCUACAGACACCAUUGUACACGAGACGAUGUUCCCCUUUCCCAUCAACUGCAGUGCCGUGUCGCCCGAUUCCCAGUUGCGCGUUAUGGUGGGCGAUCACCAGGACAUUCUGGUCGUCCCCGCCGAGGGCGGCCGCAUUCAGUUUCGGGCAUCCUCGAGCCAGCGCUCUGGCGAGGAUGGAGGCAUCAAGAUAGAGCCUGAACAAAUACUGAGGGCGCAUCGCGAUCACGGUUUUGCGUGCGCAUGGGCCGACGACGGCUGGACGGUAGCGACGGGGUUCCAGGACCGCGUCGUCACAAUCUGGGACGCUCGUAGUUGGCGCAGACCCUUGGCCAGCAUUCGCACCGAAAUGGCGGGCUGCCGGUCACUCCGCUUCAGUCCGGCUGGGUCCGGCCAGCGCGUGCUGGUUGCGGCAGAGGAAGCCGACUUUGUGAAUAUUAUUGACGCCCGCACCUUCGAGACCAAGCAGACUAUCGAUGUCUUCAGUGAGAUUGGUGGUGUUGCGUUUGAGCCCAAGCAGGGCCGCGAGCUGUUUGUGUUCUUGCCCGACAGCACGCGUGGUGGUAUUUUGCAGUUGGAGCGCUGCAUGGACGUCAAUGGGUCUGCGGAAGAGGUUGAGCAAUACAGACGGGGCCCUUUGCAGGCGAGAGAAGUUGUGAAGGGCGGCGGUGGCGGCGACGGCAAUUCGAAUUCAAAACUGGUCUGGCCGGGUAGCUAUGGACGAUAUCGGGGGCGUGGUUAUGCCUCAAGACAUCCAUGGGACCGAGAAGCCGACUUGGAAUGUGCAUCGGAUGCUACUGCACUGCCGUACGACUGGCCCCAGGAGAAUAUAGCCUUCUCGACGCGAUGGAGCCGGCAGGCACGCGCCAAGAGAAGGAACAUCAGUGCUGCUUUAGACGGGCAGGCAUUUUUCUAG